CCUGAAAGAUUUUAAUUACUUAUCCCUAUCAAAGAAAACUAACACAAGUAUAUAUUUAAAGAAAAAUGCUUGAUAAGCUUACCAGAGGGUUCGGGCACAGACACGGGAGAAGCCGCGGCUUCGGGUUCGAGGAGCACAAGGAGUUUGUGACUCAUAUGGAGUCAGAAGGAAGCUUCUUUGACCAUCAAGCCCGCAUGAGGCUUCCGGCCAACCAUGGCCGUCCACCCAUGGCUCACAUGCCUGUCUGCGAUGAAGAAGACUCAGACUCAGAUGUGGAGGAGUUCUUCGAGAGAAGCCGGACCCACCACACUACUGCGUUGCCGCAACCACUUCAUCUGAACUUCAGGCCUCCACCUCCAGUGACUCAGCCUCACCAUAAUGGGAAGAUGGGUAAUGGAAUGCUGGGACAACAUGAAGAUGCAUUCCAUGGAGGGCACGGGAUGCAGCACCACGGUGGACAUGGGAUGCAACACCAUGGCGGACACGGGAUGCAACACCACAACAUACAUGGGAUGCAGCACCAGGGCGAGCAUGGAAUGCAACACCAAGGAGAGCACGGGUUGCAGCAUCAAGGCGGGCACGGGAUGCAGCACCAAGGGGAGCACAGAAUGAAGCACCAGGGUGGGCACGGAAUGCAGCACCAAGGGGGGCACGGAAUGCAGCACCAGGUCGGGCACGAGAUGAAGCACCAGAGCGGGCACAGACUGCAGCACCAGGGCGGGCACGGAAGGCAGCACCAGGGCGGGCACGAGAUGAAGCACCAGGAUGGGCACGGAAUGCAGCAUCAGGGCGGGCACGGACUGCAACACCAGAGGGGGCACGGACUACAACACCAGGGCGGGCACGGGAUGCAGCACCAAGGCGGAGUAGUGGUGAAGGCUACUGAGAAUUGGCGGGUGAGCAAAAGCAGCGGCCAGAAACUCGGGUGGGGGAGUAAGGGACUCUAGACUCCACCUAAAUACUAUGCCGGUUCAAGUAAGAAAGUAAUGAUUAUGUAUCCCAAAUAAUACAUUUAUAAGAUGUAUGUGUGUGAUGGAUUUCUCUAUCUUAUCAAAACUAAAUAGGGGACUUUAAACCCCUAAAAGGUGCUUCUGUUUGAUGACAUAAUAAUUACUAAGGAGUGUUGUUGUUGCUGCUUAUGUUUAAUAAAAGUGAUGUAUAUUAUCAGUUGAUUUCCCCUC